AUGGACCGGGAGACGCGCGCGCUGGCCGAGGCGCACUUCCGCGCGCUGGGGGGGCGCCCGCCCGGCCCCGCGCCCGCGCCCGCCCCGCCGCGCGUGGACUUCAUCGCCGAGCCGGCCGCCUUCCCCUACGCCGCCUUCGUCCGCGGCUACCUGCUGCCCAACCGGCCGUGCGUCUUCUCGCGCGCCUUCACCGACGGCUGGGGCAGCCGGCGCCGCUGGGUCACGCCCGCCGGCGCGCCCGACUUCGACCACCUGCUGCGGCGCUACGGAGACGUGGUCGUGCCGGUCGCGAACUGCGGGCUCCGGGAGUACAACGCGAACCCCAAGGAGCACAUGCCUCGGGAGUACGUGCGCUACUGGAGGGAGCACAUCCGGGCCGGCUACGCCUCCCCGCGCGGCUGCCUCUACCUCAAGGACUGGCACCUGUGCAGGGACACCUCGGCGGAGGACGUGUUCUCCCUGCCCGAGUACUUCGCCUCCGACUGGCUGAACGAGUACUGGGACGCCCGGGGCCUGGACGACUACCGCUUCGUGUACAUGGGGCCGGCAGGCAGCUGGUCGCCCUUCCACGCCGACAUCUUCCGCUCCUACAGCUGGUCUGUCAACAUCUGCGGGAGGAAGAAGUGGCUCCUAUUCCCGCCAGGGCAGGAGGAAGCCCUGCGCGACUGCCAGGGUGCCCUACCCUACGAUGUGACCGCCCCCUCCCUGCAGGCGCACGGCGCCCCACCCCUGGAGGUCACGCAGGAGGCCGGCGAGAUGAUAUUUGUGCCCAGCGGCUGGCACCAUCAAGUCCACAACCUGGAGGACACCAUUUCUCUCAACCACAACUGGGUGAACGGAUGCAACCUGGCCAGCAUGUGGCACUUCCUCCAGCAGGAGCUGCGGGCCGUGCAGCAGGAGGUGGCCGAGUGGCGGGACUCCAUGCCCGACUGGCACCAGCACUGCCAGGUCAUCCUAAGGUCCUGCUCCGGGAUCAACUUUGAGGAGUUCUACCACUUCCUCAAGGUCAUCGCUGAGAGGAGGCUGCUUGUACUCAGCGCCGGUGAGCCGGAUGGCGCCAGCCCCGGCCUGGGCCCCCAGCAGGCUGCUUUCGACGUUGGCCGCAUUGCCGAGGUGCUGGCGUCUGUGGUGGCCCACCCCGACUUCCAGAGAGUGGACACCAGCAUGUUCUCGCCACAGCCAGGGGAGCUUCUGCGGCAGCUGGAGGAGACCGUGGCCGCCACCGCGGCCCUGUAGCCACCUGGGCACUGCAGAGCCCAAGGGCAGCUCCAGGGUCCCUUCUGGAAAUAAACCGUGGCCGGCCCACAGCCUGGCCCCUGCCGCCGCUCCCUCUGGGGUGUUCUGCAGCAUCGGUUUGUGGCCGUAUAGGCUACAUGGUGAGGCCCGGCCAGGACCGAGACUCUGGG